CUCAAGUUAGAAGGCAUUAUUCACUUCUCACCAUCAAGGACUCUGCUCACAAUAUCCCAAGGAAUCUUGAAGCCAGACGUCGGCUGGAAUUCUUCCCGAACUCCCUUUUCAUGGAGAUGCCAGUAGCAAAACCUGUUCGUGAGAUGCUGUCCUUUAAGUAAUGAUCUUCUAUUUCUUUGGCUUGAUUCUAGACCAUUUACUAAAUUUUGACUAUAUUUUUAUGUGCUUGCACUCCUUGCAGUGUGUUCACACCAUAUUACUCUGAGACUGUCCUGUACAGCAUGUCUGAACUCCUUAAAAGAAAUGAAGACGGGAUCUUUACUUUGUUUUACCUACAAAAGAUAUAUCCAGAUGAGUGGAGAAACUUCCUUACUCGGAUUGGCCGUGAUGAAAACACAUCAGAAUCAGAUCUUAGUAAUAAUGCCAAUGAUAUUCUUGAAUUGCGCUUUUGGGAUUCAUAGAGAGGGCAAACAUUGGCUAGGACUGUGUGUGGAAUGAUGUACUACCGAAAAGCUCUCAUGCUUAAAGCAUAUUUGGAAAGGGUGGCAGCCCGAGAUUCUGAGGUUCCAAUUUCACAGAGCAAAGCAACUGAUACCCAAGGUUUUGAGUUGUCUCUUGAAGCAAGAGCUCAAGUAGAUCUCAAAUUUACGUAUGUAGUUACCUGCCAAAUAUAUGGGAAACAGAAAGAGAAUCAAAAGCCUGAGGCUGCGGAAAUUGCAUUACUAAUGCAAAGAAAUGAAGCACUUCGAGUUGCUUUCAGUGAUGAGGUUGAGACACUGAUUGAAGGAAAAGUGCACGAAGAAUACUUCUCGAAACUUGUGAAGGCUGACAUCAAUGGGAAAGAAAAGGAACUAGAGAGGAACAAAGUUGAUGCUGCUAAGUUUGCUCCUUUUUGGAAUGAGAUUAUAAGGAAUUUGAGGGAAGAAGACUACACUAAUAGUUUGGAAAUGGAGUUGCUUUUAAUGCCUAAAAAUUCAGGGAUAAUAGACAAUAUUCCCUUGGUUCAAUGGCCUCUGUUCCUUCUAGCAAGCAAGAUAUUUCUUGCUAAAGAUACUGCUAUUGAGGGUAAAGAGCCCAGACUUUCGCAAGAGGAGCUAUGGGACAGGAUUUUAAGGGACGAAUACAUGAAAUAUGCUGUUCAAGAUGUUAUUAUACCCUCAAGUUAGUCCUCACAUCUGUGUUGGAUACUGAGGGUAAGAAGUGGGUUGAGAGAGUAUAUGACGAGAUUCAGAGAAGCAUAGCUAAUAGGAGCAUACUUGUUGAUAUUGAAUUGAAUAAGCUACCACUAAGGAUUCAGAAAGUUACUGCACUGUUGGGAAUACUGGUUUGUAUUUGAAGUUCCAUCCAUUGCAGAUCAUUUGUUUUGUUGUGCAUGUACAUAUGGCGUAGUUUCAAUUCUCAUACAACAAGGGCGCUUGUUACUCUCCUAUUACUAGUACACUGCAUAUAUAAAGAACAAUAUAAUGGGCCUAAGCUU